AAAUAGAACGACUAACAAAACUCAAAGACGAUGACCAUUAUUAUUAUUUCUAUUAUUAUUAUUAUUAGUAGUAGUAGUAGUAGUAUUGUAUCACGGUAUUUAAUAAUAGAGCCUCAACUUAUACUAGUCUUGCCUGAAAAUCUCUCGUUUUCUAUCAUUCUCCCAUCCUGCAGGCCUGAGCCCAGACCGAGACCCAGAGAAAUGUAAACAAACGCAGUCAGACUAUAUUAUACGGGUGAAUUUGUUGCUUUUUAGAGGGGCAAUGGAUCUGUACAUGAGUGAGGUGGCGAGGGGCGUGGCCAAGGGGCGGCUAGCAGCGUGUGCCACCAGGGAAAUGUGUAUGAACAUAAAAAAAGGCGCCUGUCAAGAAAGGCACAGAUGCAGCGUGGUGAGGCAGUGUUCAUCCCAGGGGCAGACCACACAGGGUCAGCAACACAGGUGGUGGUGGAGAGGCACCUGUGGGACGCCCAGGGGAACACCAAACACGACCUUGACAGACAGAAGAGUUUAUUGAUGAAGUGUGGAAGAGGAGGAGGAAGGAACAAUGAUAUUCGACCAACUGCGGCAUCUGGGGGCUUCACUUGACUGGGACAGCUGUGUUUACCAUGGAUGCAGUGAGAGACUGGCCUGUGUGUCUGUCUGUACAUCCUGACGGAAGCAUUUGUCCGUCUGUACGAUGCUGGGCUGGUGUACCUCAAGGAGGCUCUCGUCAACUGGUGCUGCAGCCUUCAGUCGGCCAUCUUGGACAUUGAAGUGGACCACCUGCACCUGACAGGACCCAUGGAGCUCACAGUCCCGGGGUACAGCAAACCGGUCAGCUUCGGAAAGAUGUAUGACUUCGCUUACAGACUGGCAGACUCAGGGUUUGCUGAGGUUUGAGGCGCGAGGGGCAGUGCCGUCGGCCCUGUCGGCACUGGGGCUGUACAGAGGGUGCCACGCCCACCCCAUGACGGUGCCUCGCUGCAACAGGACGCAGGAUGUCACUGAGCCUGUGCUGAGGCCCCAGUGGUUCGUUCGGUGCAAGGAGUUGGCACAGGAGGCGUCCGAGGCUGUGCAGAGCAGCUGUCUGAACUUGGUGCCACAGCUGCACAGGAGGGCUUGGCAUAGCUAGCUGGACAACAUCACAAACUGGUGUGUCUCCCAGCAGCUCUGGUGGGGCCACAGAAUGCCAGUGUACCACAUUACUGCAGCAGAUGGCGAGGAGGUGUGGGUGGCGGCUGCUCGGAGGAGGAUGCAAGACGGAAGGCUGUGGAGAAGGAAGCAGGAGGAAGAUCUGGACACCUGUUUCUCCUCUGGCCUGUUUCCCUUUGCCUCGCUGGGCUGGCUGGGUCAGGGGAGGGGAGAGACCAUGCCUGACCUUGCUCGCUUCUACGCAACGACCUUGAAGACUGGUCACGGCAUCCUCUUCUGGGUGGCUCAGGUGGUCAUGCUGGGACUCGACUUGAUGAGGAGGCUUUCCUUUGAGACUGUGCUGCUGCAUGGCCUCCAGGGUGAUGGUGGCGGCCACAAGAUGUCCAAGUCCUGGGGCAGUGUGAUAGACCCCCCUGGAUGUCAUCAGUGGGGCGUCCCUGGAGGUACUGUGUGAGAGGAUGGAGGGGAGCCUGAAUACAGAAGAGGUACUCACUGGUCUCAGGAUGAACUCCCCCACAGGCAUCCCAGAGUGUGGAGCUGAUGCCCUUCGGUCCACCCUGUGCUCCACCAACUUCAAGAGUCAGUGUAGCAUAGAUAGAUGAACAUGUAUGACUGUGGUGCUUUGAGUCUUGUGUGGAGUUACAAGCUGCACACCCCGUCCUGCAGCCUCAAGGCACUCACCUCUCCUUUUCCAGUCAUGGGUGCCUUGCCUCCUCCUUGCAACACCACCACCACCACCACCACUGCUGCCAUCACCUACGAGGGGGAGAGACUGUGAUGUGGCUGCAGGUGGCUAGGUUCGGAGGCCUCCAGAGAGCUGCCCAGAGUGAAGCUUGUGGUAUAGAGGGACAGCUGCUGAUCAUCAAGCUUACAUAGUGACUGGAGGAAAGUGGGAGGAGCCUGGAGGGAGUGAUGGAGGUACAGUACUUGGAGAAAAUCCCUUCACCAUGACAACUGGGUGUCUGCUGUACAGGCCACUGACCAAUGGAGAAACCUUGAGAACCCAUCUAUGUGGCCUCUGAAAAUGGUCAUGGUGAGAGAGCAGAGCAUUUCAGAAUACAAGCCAUGAUUUCACACCUGCAUCACUACCCACCACAUACUCCAGCAGCAGCAGCAGCAGCAGACAGCUAAAUGCUGCACCACCCAUCAAGAGGAUGAAGACUGCAGCCACAUCAGAGAGGCUGGCUGUGAUUUUUAGUCUUCCUGCCACAUGUUGAGGUUCCUGCUGAUAGCCAUUUGGUCCUCAGCUUGUUCAUCAGGCCUGACUCACACAUCUUCUGCAGACUGUGGGAAGAAUAAGGAUUUGUAGAGAAAGAAAGUCUGGUACGGAAGAUUGAAAAGAAAUAUUGUCAUUGUGGAAAAAGCUGAAGUGUAUUAUGCUUUUAUGUUGUGUAAUAAUGUAGUAGUAAAAUGCAGGCUGUAUGGAAUGAAGGCACAUCAGGAUUUUAUAAGAUUAAAUUUUACAGGGAAGAUUAAAAAGGAAUAUUGCAUCAUUGCAUGUCCCUUGCACCUUCACCUCUGACUCCCAUCCUUUGCAGUUCCAUCCCUCCAUCCACUUUCUACUUUCUCCUCAAUCUUAAUUCACACACACACGCACACGUGCACACACACCUGUGGUCAAAUAUCUUCCUGAAGGGUGAAUUUUUUUUGCCGCCCAAUAGCAAUGCCUCCUGUGAUGUACUGGACUGGCAGUUCCUUGCUUCUGGAGGAGUCUGCAAUAAGAAGACCACGAAUGUAGUCGCUGGUUGUGACAUUCACACCUAUGAACACAUACUUACCUGCCAAGUGUUUUUUUUUUUUUUUUUUUUUUUCAUUUGUUUAACUUAAUUUUUUUUUUUUUUCAUGUAAGAGGAGGACUGGCCAAGGACAACAAAAAGAGCAAAAAGGAAAAAGACCCAUUGACCUGCCAGUCCCAAAAGAAAGGUCAAAAAGAUCAUAAAAAAUUGGAAGAUAAGUUUUAUGAAACCUCCCUCUUGAAAGAAUUGAGUCAUAGGAAGGAGGAAAUACAGAAGCAAGUAGGGAGUGUGGGAUUAGCUAACAGUGAGAUACUGAUGGUGGUUAUGCUAAAUUGGGAAAUGUGUGUAGCUUUAUCUAAAUGAAGAAGGAAUCUGUCUAAUUUAUCUUACCUGAUGGAAGAAUCUUAGUGUUUUCAUUUAUCAGAGGUAAGAUAGGAAGCAAAUGUUUAUAUGAUAAUUCCAAGUUUGCAUCUUUAUCAAUUAUAAGGAGAACUAAU